CCGGACCUCUGCACCCCUUUGCAGUUGUUGAAUGGAAACGGUUGGGCAGGGGAGACUGCCAUUUUACACAGUGACUUCUAGCUACAUCUAUGAAGUGACAGCACAAGUUGUUCACACGUGUUGUAGUCCGCGUGUUUUCCCUGUGCCGCAGUAUUAAUAACGUCACACUGUUGUUUAAUAAGCAAACAUCCAAACAACAUUUCGUCUUUUAAGCACAAAUCCAACUAACAGUGACGUAAAGAGCCCGGCAAUAGUAGCACCAGGCCUUGGAUGGAUAGCCUUGACCCUGAAACACUGUAUAUGUCUCCAGAGCUGAGUGCUCAGCCCGCACACCCCCUCACUACCUCAGAAGUUUCCAGCCUGGCACUGGGGGGUGGGAAGAAGAUGAAUGGGUCCCUGGACCACCCUGACCAACCGGAUAUUGAUGCCAUUAAGAUGUUUGUUGGGCAGAUUCCACGGUCCUGGUCCGAGGAGCAGCUUCGUGAACUGUUUGAACCUUAUGGAGCCGUCUACGAGAUUAACGUCCUCCGAGACCGCAGCCAAAAUCCACCACAGAGCAAAGGUUGCUGUUUUGUAACUUACUAUAGCCGCAAAUCAGCCUUAGAAGCACAGAAUGCUCUGCACAACAUGAAGAUUUUGCCAGGGAUGCACCACCCAAUCCAAAUGAAGCCAGCUGACAGUGAGAAAAACAAUGCAGUGGAGGAUAGGAAGCUGUUUAUUGGAAUGAUCUCCAAGAAGUGUAACGAGAAUGACAUCCGACUGAUGUUUUCACCAUAUGGACAGAUAGAGGAAUGCCGGAUACUCAGAGGCCCUGAUGGACUCAGCCGUGGUUGUGCAUUUGUGACAUUCACAGCCAGACAAAUGGCCCAGUCGGCCAUCAAGUCCAUGCAUCAGUCCCAAACCAUGGAGGGCUGUUCGUCGCCAAUUGUAGUGAAGUUUGCAGACACUCAGAAGGACAAGGAGCAGAAGCGCAUGGCCCAACAGCUGCAGCAACAGAUGCAGCAACUCAGUGCUGCUUCCAUGUGGGGAAACCUCACUGGGCUCAACAGUUUAGGGCCACAGUACUUAGCACUCUAUUUACAGUUGCUGCAGCAGUCAGCUUCCACCGGGAAUGCACUCAACAACCUGCACCCUGUUUCAGGUCUUAAUGCGAUGCAGAACCUUGCAGCUUUAGCAGCAGCGGCAACUGCCACACAGGCCACGCCUACAGGCUCCAGCGCCAUGACGACAUCUACUAGCCCACUAAGUGCGCUAACAAGUUCAGCAGGCUCCUCCCCCACCUCCAGUGGCAACUCCUCAGUGAACCCCAUGGCUUCUUUAGGGGCCCUGCAGUCUCUGGCUGCUAGUGCUGGAGCUGGCCUCAACAUGGGUUCCCUGGCAGGCAUGGCCGCACUUAACGGCAGUCUUGGCUCUGGAAGUCUUUCUAAUGGCUCAGGAAGUACAAUGGAGGCACUGAGCCAGGCCUACUCCGGCAUCCAGCAGUACGCUGCUGCAGCCCUCCCCAGUCUCUACAACCAGACCCUGCUAUCCCAGCAGAACAUCUCAGCUGCAGGCAGCCAAAAGGAAGGUCCCGAAGGUGCCAACUUGUUCAUCUACCACCUGCCUCAGGAGUUUGGCGAUCAGGACCUGCUCCAGAUGUUUAUGCCCUUUGGAAAUGUCAUCUCUGCAAAAGUCUUCAUUGACAAACAGACAAACCUCAGCAAAUGUUUUGGGUUUGUGAGCUACGACAACCCGGUGUCAUCACAAGCGGCCAUCCAGGCAAUGAAUGGUUUCCAGAUUGGUAUGAAAAGGCUGAAGGUGCAGCUGAAGCGCUCAAAGAAUGACAGCAAGCCCUACUGAAGGUGCUGAGAACCUGCAGGCUUAGUUAGGCAGGGUGGUGUUAUGGUAAGUGGAGUGUGAAUAACCAGCUGAGACUGUUACACUCAGAAACUCGUCCGUGCACUGCAGGGCUGUUGCACUGCCUCUCCUGGUCAGUAGAACCUGGCGGGGCAAAGACAGACGUCACGCUGCACGAAGAGUUUUGAGGCUAGACUGGAUUCUCCCCGUGUUCUUUUGUGGUGUAUGCACUUUGUUUUCUUUUUAACAAAUAAGAAAAGCAGGUGUGUUUUCAUUUAAGUUAAAAUGGUGUCAGUUUGCUGUGGUAGAAAAUAACACGAGUUGUUUGUUAAGAAAUGUUGCACAUUGACCAUCAGAUGCCAAAUCUCUGUUGUAUCUUCCUGUUCACUUUCCACUCCACCACACAGAGUCAGCAUGACAGCAGGCAGCAGCUGGGAAAGAUGAAUCUCUAUUUGAAUUCUUUUGGGGUGGGGGGGAUCCACGUUUUAGCAAACCAAAUGUGUGGUUUUCCCUGUUGUGUCUUGAAAUGGAGACCAUACUGUGAUAGACGCCUUCAUUAUUUCUAAAAUUUAAGGCUGGCUGCUCAGAUUGUUUAGGUGGAGCACUGCCGGUACAUGCAACAGGCAUUUAGACCGAUUUCUAAAAGUAGUUUUUGUGUGUGUGUGUGUUAAAAUGAUGAGGAAAAAAAGUCUAAAUCACUUCUGCAUGAGUUAAGAAACCUGUUGAUGCCGAGAACAUGUCGUUCCUGCUCUCUGGGCUCACAUUUCCUCUGUGACUGUGAAGGAGUAGCUGCUGGAGACAGAAACUUGUCUUUCUUAGCGAUUCUCUUGUGAUUUGUGUGCUCUGGCAUGACUGUAAUCUGUUUCAGCAUUACUUCUACUCACGUUAAUGUUUGAUUAGAGUCUGUGUGCCGUCUGUAGCAGCAGUUGCAUGGCUCACACUAAUUGAGAGGCCUCCGGGGGGGGGGCUGCACACUUUUAAAUGAGUUCUACAGUGUAAAAACCUUGACUAAAGUAGAUAUUGUACUUGAUAUGGAUAUUAUGCUACUGUCACUUCAUUUAUCACAAGUUUCUUUACCUGGUGAUUAAUAAAACAUUUUUAAUGCAGCUGAGAUGUAAAUAUGGACAUUUCCUGAGCGACGGGUUAAGAGCCGGGCUGAUGUGGGCUGUGAAGCAGAACUGUUAGCUGGAACAAGCAAUAAUCCAAACUUGCACAAUAAAUCCAAACUUGACUGACUUCUUCCAGUUACUCAAAAUUCUGUGUUAUGCAAAUGUGAUGAUUUUUAUAACUACAGUUUAUGAUUUUAAUUAGUUUCUUCUCUUCACCAGCCCUCACCGUUCCUGCUAGCUAUCAGCUAGCAGAUCUCUAGAGGUCUACGCUACACUUUGUCUCUCAGUGAAAGCUUUCUGUGUGUGGAGGAUUGAAAUAACUUGUGUAUGACAGACCUGGUGGUUGCUUGAGCUUCCAGGAAAUUGUUUUGUUUUUCUUACAUACAGCAAGGAAGGAGGACAAAUGUUGAGAUGUGUAUUUAAACCGUCAUGCCUUUUCUAUUUUUUAUAUAGAUUUUAUACUUCCUGUUAGUUUUGGAACUACUAUUGCCUGAAUAUUUAUCUGAUUGGAAAUGACGUUGAUAGAAAAUGUGAAGUCUGCCACCUCACUCGAUGUCCUGGUGUGUGUCCUGUUCCUGCCUGUGAACUGUUGUUUCCUUUUGCUAGUGUGUGUUACAUGUCAGUGUGACAUGAGCUGUGUAUGACGGCUCCAUCAGAUCCCACCACCACAAUAUUUCUGGUAGUUGGAAUUGUUUCAAAACUAAAAUCGAAUCAAAAUCGAAUCAUUUGUCCUGGGACUACGACGUAUAGUGUUUAAAGUCUUUCAUGGCAAGGCAGUUGAAGGUCAUCACAAACUUUCAAAUUAAAGCAAAGAUAUUUGUUUAAUAUGCAACAGCGCUGAAUCAGCUUUUCUGCUACACGUUACACUCUAGAGUGUAACUGUUUGGGUACUUCCACAUUUUUGUGUUUGAUUAUUGUCUAUUGUAUACAGUUAAAGCGCUGGACAUCGAUGUCUGCAUUUAACCUGGUGGCAGUCAGCUAUGUAUUGAAGUCAAAAAUUACUAUGAGAAAUAAAGGAAUGUGGCUAAGUGUGUCAGUAUUUACAGUUUUACUGUACGAGCAUCAUCUCACUCUGAUGGUUGGAACAUCUCACCUUUAAAAUGCUUUAUCUGAAUGUGUCCUUUGAGCAGACAGCCCCUGUAGUGUGAGAUUUUUGCCUUAACGUGUGGUUGAGCCGAUAUUGUGCUGCUAAAUCAACUCUGAUGCAUCUGAGGAUGCAGGAUCUCUGCAGGUCUCGGGCUCUUUGUCAUGUUCCUUGAGCUGUUCCUCAUCAGGUUUUCUGGUAUGGGGGUGUGCAUUGUUUAGGUGGGUGAUAAAAUCCACAUGAAUACGGUUUCAGAGGAUUGCAUAGUUAAGAGAUGAUUACUGUUGUUCACUUAAUCUAUGGAUUUAAUAUUGUGGCUGAUGAACAUUGAGGCCUUUGAUGACCUAGUUUAUUUCAGGACAGGUACAGUACUGUGCAAACCUCUCGAGCCACCCCUCAUUUCUUUAUUAUUUGUUUGGAAAUUGGUUGCAGGAAUUUAUUGAAAUGUGCCCAAACAUAAAUUGAAAUACAGGCUGUAAGAACUUCCACCUUUAUUCUUCAGCACAGUGUGAACUCUGAGGCAGCUUUCUGUCAUUUCUUUAAGAAUUCUUCAGGAAUAAUUCAUUCAGAGCUCUUCUGUCGGCUGCCAAAAUGAUCCCACGCUGCUUCAGUCAUGUUGAGCUCCCGGCUCUGGAGACGCCGAUCCAUGGCAGACAGUGUUCCACUGCAUGUUUUUAUCUGGGUAAGGUUUUACUGUAUUGGCAGUGUGUUUGAGAGCAGGCCUCAUUUACAGUGUGUGCGCACAAAUUUGUGUUAAAAGGGAGUUUUUCCUUCCCACUGUCACCAAGUGCUGCUCAUAGGGGGUCGUUUUGAUUGUUGGGUUUUCUCUGUAUUAUUGUAGGGUCUUUACCUACAAUAUAAAGUGCUUUGAGGUGACUGUUUGUUGUGAUUUGGCGCUAUAUAAAUAAAAUUGAAUUGAACUUAAGUAGCAGCCAAACCACUCAGGAUGGCUGCUGAUCUUCCCAUGAAUGGACAUCCCAGCAAAAUCCUUGGAAGCAAAAUAUAAAGAAAUGAAAGGUGGCUCAAGACUUUUGCACAGUAUGUAGAAGAAGUGUAUGUAGAAGUGAAUCAAAAUAAGCUUCUGGUGUGACUCCUUGAUUUGUUUAGAAUAGUUUUCUAAUAGUUUUUGGACAGCAAUGGCACUCUAGCAGUAGGAGUAAGAGCUUGUAGAGUCAGUCAGUCCAGUGUUGGUUUAAUGCUAUACAAAUAAUAUUACCAGAUUUAUCCAGCGAGUAAACUAGAACUGUCAGAAGUGAAGCAGAAAGCAUGUGAACUGUAAGAUGAAAUUAAAGAUGGAAUAUAAGAUCAUUAGUUUCUUGAGAUAAAGGCAUGGAAAUCAUCUGUCAAACUUUAGAAACUUGCUGCAGUGGUUCAAUUAUUGAGGGUAAAUAUCUAAUCAGUCUGCACUAAAACUGCGCUCCUGAGGGGGAACAUUUCACUGUGACAGAAAAAUGGGCCUGAAAACUCACAGGACAGAUGCAGAUCGAUUUUCAUACUUUAUGGCAGUGACCUUAAAGGUUCUUGACUCUGCAAAUGAAUAAAACCAUCGACUGUAUCAAAGAAUGUUUGCAAAACAAUUUGCUCCAAGUUGAAUUAUACAAUUUUUCAUUAAUAAGAUGCUAAAUUACCGAUGCAGUAACUUAAAUACAUUUUCAAACUAAGUUGCCAAUUCCACUUUCUAAUGCAUUGAUUUUAAAACAUUUGUAGUAUCCAACACUUUACGUCGGUCACUGAAAUGUAAAAGGUGAGGUUUAAAAAUGGCACCCUCCGGCUUCCAUACAUGAUUAGCUGUGUUUGCAUGUUGUCAUUGAUUCUGUGCUGGCUGUUGUAUGUGUGUGUGUUACUGCUUACAUCAUCCACCUCAGUUUCCAGUAGCAUGUGGGUCAUGUUCACUGUCCCUGAGGCUGAGUGUUUAGACUGUGAAGUACCACAAACAUGUGAUUCUUCUUGGUUUCUGUUCUUUCUACUUUCUCUGUUCCAUUACUGUGUAACUCAGGUUUGUCCCCUGUUGUGUGUGUGUGUGUGUGUGUGUGUGUGUGUGUGUGUGUGCGUGCACGCGUGUGUGUGUUUUUUCUUUUUGUUUUUCUAGAUCUCUUCCUGUUUGCCCUAGCAUGUUGGUGUGGUGUCACAGCUCAUCGUCCAGUCCUUGUCUUCUGCGCUUCACUGGUGCUUCCGAUUUCACAUUUGACCUUGUAGUUGACUUUGAGUGCCCAGAAGGUUUUGUUGUUUUCCAUAUGUCCUGUGUGCUGCCAAAAUGGGCACUAGAAAGACUGCCACUGAUAAUUUUUAAGAUUAACAUAAAAAUAUUACAAGCAAAAAGGAAAUCUAUUUUUCUAGAAUACCUGAUAGAACCACUAGAAUUUUUAAAAUCAGUUUGUUAAGAGUCUCACCUUUGUUUUCAUCAGCUGUGUGACGGAGCAGUCUUUCCGGUGCCCCUCUCCUCUGGUUUUGUUGUUUCUGUGGGAAAGCAGCUUCAUUUCUUUAGGUAAUGUUGUGUGUGAGUGCUGGUGUGUGUCUCAUUCAGAAAGUUAAAAAAAAAAAAAUCAAGCAAAUUAGUGAUCAUGUGUUGUUGGACUUGUGUAACUGAAUCCUCUGGAGUUCCCAUUUGAGUGAUAUUAUGAGGAGGCAGCAUUUAUAAAUUCAUUGUAAAAAAGUAGUUUUUACUUUUGGCUCAUGAUGCUGUUCUGCUCUUGUUACAGAGGAGAGCCUUUUUCGUGCAUGUUUUUGUUUAAAUAACUAUCUACAUUGAAAGUCUUGGCAAAAAAAGUUUGUGUUAAGUUAAAAUUAAUAAACUUGUGCCAAAUGUUUUGCACAAUCAGUAUUCCCCCUUUUC